AUGGACUGUAUCCCUCAGAACAUCGUCAUCAAGGAUCCUUCUCACCUGCAGAAGGAAGCCAUCAGUAUGAUUUUUUCACUUUGGAAAUAUUGUGCUAACCAUAAUGAACCAAUUGUACAGUUUGUUGGGUAUAAGGAAGGCAACUUCUAUGAUUCACUGGCUAAGAAGGGGGAUGUAAUAUCAUCAGAUGAGGACGAGGUACUGAAGAAGGCCCCCCAAGCCAAUGUUUCUUCUGACAAAGAGGAAGACUUCGAAAGCCACACCCCAUCUCUUUCCAAUUCCUGCCCAAAAUUCCAUAUGGGUGGUGACACACAAACUCCUGAUCCUAAGGGCAAGGCUAGGAAGCAACAUCUGCCCGUCUGGGCAUCUUGGUCGUGGUCUGAGGCAUAUCUACCUCAAAAUAUGCACAAUGAUAUUCAGGGGUCCUUUGUGGCUUUGGAGGAACUAGGCAACUAUAUCAUCAAAUCUCGUGGUUGGGGUAUGAUUGUUGUUCUGGGCCUUGGACUCCUCCUUUGUGAGUGUUGCCACACUCAGGAGUAUGAAGCAGAUAAGGCUGGAGAUGAUGUGCCUCAAUAUUUGGGCGACUCCAUCCUUGGCAUCGAGGUAGGGGACAAGGUUGAAGAGGCCAUUACCAGAAUCCAGGUGAGGGUGGAUGCAAUGCUGCCAGAUGGUAAUAAGAAGCAGAUGACAGUGGGGGAAGAAGUUCAUAUGAGGCGUCUGGAGAACAAAAUGCAGGUGAAAGAGAGGAGGGAGGCAGAGCAGGCAAGGGUGGCAGAGCAGGCAAGGGUGGCUCAGGAAAAGAGGGUGGCUCAGGAGGCUCAGGUUGCUGAGGAGAAGAGGGUUGCUGAGGAGAAGAGAGUUGCUGAGGAGAAGAGGGUUGCUGAGGCAUCUCAGAGGACUGAGGAGAGGGCUGCCAUAUUAAAGAAGGCAAGCAGUACUAACACUGGGGAAAAGGGAAGGGUAAACGCCCAGCAACAGAUGUGGAUGAUUCAGUCAUGA